AUCGCCUAUGCAAUUGUUGCCUAUACCAAAUUUAUCACGUGACCUGAUCCCACCGUAACCCAAAUCCAUUUCCAAUCUAAUGUUGCCAAUCUCAUCACUUCCCUUCUCCCACCGUUCUGCAAACCCAGUCGACCCUUCCUCCUCCUCCAGCAGCUUUCCCCUGACACAAGAAGGGAGGAGGAGGAGGAGAGGAGUCCAAAACAACAACAAGAAUAGCGUGAGAAUGGGCAUUAGUAGCAAUAGCAGCAGCAAUUGGCAGUGGCAGCGGGCGCUGGGGCAGCUGUUCAACCGGGAGGGGGCGGCGUCCCUCCUGAGCGUGGCGGCGUCGGAGCCCCGCCUCGCCCUCCCACAUCUUUCUGUUCCCGACAUCCGUUGGGUCGACUGGCCCGCCCUCCACCGCCUCGGCUUCCGUGGCGUCGUCUUCGACAAGGACAACACACUCACAGCCCCUUACUCCCUCUCCCUCUGGCCCCCCCUCGACCCCUCCUUCCGCCUCUGCCGCUCCACCUUCCCCGCCGGCUCCAUCGCCAUCUUCAGCAACUCCGCCGGUCUAAAACAGUUUGAUCCAGAUGGCGAGGAGGCAAAAGCUCUGGAGAAGUCGAUUGGCGGGAUUCAUGUUAUCAGGCAUGAGGUAAAGAAGCCAGCUGGAACAGCUGAAGACAUAGAAAGAUACUUUGGUUGUCCAGCCUCACUUCUUGUCAUGGUGGGAGAUCGAAUUUUUACCGACAUUGUCUAUGGCAACAAACAUGGUUUUCUAACUAUAUUAACAGAGCCAUUAUGCCUUUCUGAAGAACCUUUUAUUGUCAAGCAGGUCAGGAAACUCGAGCGUCUUCUGGUCAAUUCCUGGCACCAGAAAGGUUUCGACCCCCCCAAACAUGCUCUUCUUGCAGAAGCUAAGCAGUGUAUAAAAGCUCCAUCCUCUUAAAUCGUUGAUUUGCAACCUUCCUUUCUGCUCAGCCCUGUUCUAAAUGCUCUGGUAAUCAUUCAGAUGUAAUUUAUGCUUAAAAUUUCAUCCAUUGCAGCAAUUCUCAUAUACAGUGAUAGCAUUAGAAAUAAGCAGGCGAUAACACCUUCGUUGA